AUGAAUUUCACAAAGCUUUUCGUGGUUUUCACCAUUCUUAUUGUGGCGUUUGCGGGUCAAAGUGAAGCUGGUUGGUGGAAGAGAGUCUUCAAGCCAGUGGAACGACUUGGUCAACGAGUUCGUGAUGCCGGUAUUCAAGGACUCGAAAUUGCACAACAAGGAGCCAAUGUUCUGGCAACAGUUCGAGGUGGACCACCACAACAAGGAUAAAUGGAAUGAGGAGUGCAGUUAAUUGUUGU